CGACGCCCUCCGCUAGUUCGCUACCGCUCGCCUCCGCGGAGGUCGCCGCCGCUCGCUACGCCGUCUGCCGCCGCGCCUCUAGGAGUUCCUAACCAGUAAACGCCCGCCGUUGCCGGGAGGUAUCUGCCGCGCCCGCGCGCAUGGCCCGCAGCCGUCCUCCCAACCAAACGCUCAUGUGUCGUCCCCACACCAUCGGCGCCAUGCCCGCCCCGCCGUCUUCCUCGUCUACGGCCAAGCGCGGCCUCGGAAAAUUUUAUGUACACUUCCAUAUCAAUAUCUGGAGAUGGACUGGCUAGUGAUGCUGAAGCGUUUGAGGCGAGUCGACGCGCUAAUCCUUACUCGUAACCCGUUGGGAUCGUUCUUCCGACAAUUGAGGUGCGUUUCGAGCAUCUGAAGGCAGAUGCUGAAGUUCACAUUGGGACCAGGGGCCUACCAACCAUUCUGAACUCGGUCACUAACAUUUUUGAGGGAACCGGAAAUGCUCUGCGCAUAUUGCCAAGCAGGAAGCAGACGAUGCCAAUUCUUAAUGGCAUCAGUGGUAUCAUCAAGCCUCAGAGGAUGACUCUGCUGCUAGGCCCACCAGGGUCAGGGAAGACCACACUGCUGCUUGCUUUGGCUGGGAGGCUUGGCAAUGAUCUUAAGGUUUCAGGAAAUGUCACUUAUAAUGGGCAUGGAAUGGAUGAUUUUGUACCCCAGCGGACGGCUGCCUAUGUAAGCCAGCAUGAUCUUCACAUAGGGGAGAUGACUGUGCGGGAAACACUUGCCUUCUCUGCAAGGUGCCAAGGAGUUGGAUAUUUUUAUGAUUUAUUGUGUGACUUGUUAAGGAGAGAGAAAGAGGCGAAUGUUAAGCCUGAUGCUGACCUUGAUGCUUUUAUGAAAGCAGCUGCAUUGGGAGGGCAAGAAGCCAAUGUGGUGGUAGAGUACAUGCUUAAGAUAUUAGGACUGGAGGUAUGCGCAGACACAAUGGUUGGGGAUGAGAUGUUCAGGGGCAUAUCCGGAGGACAAAGGAAGCGUGUUACUGCAGGUGAGAUAUUGGUUGGCUCAGCAAGAGCACUAUUCAUGGAUGAGAUCUCCAACGGGCUCGAUAGCUCCACGACGUUCCAGGUUAUGAACUCCCUCAGACAGGCCAUCCACAUCCUUGGCGGCACGGCGGUCAUCUCCUUGCUGCAGCCUGCACCUGAGACAUGCAACUUGUUUGAUGAUAUUAUACUCCUCUCGGAUGGCCAGAUUGUGUACCAUGGGCCCCGUGAGGAUGUUCUUGAUUUCUUUGAGUCCAUGGGCUUCAGAUGCCCUGAAAGGAAAGGUGUCGCCGACUUCUUGCAAGAAGUAACAUCAAAGAAAGAUCAGAAACAGUACUGGGCUCACCAUGACCAGCCCUAUCGCUACGUAUCAGUGAAGGAAUUUGCAGAGUCGUUUUGCUUGUUCCGUGUUGGUCAGGCCAUGGAAAAUGAGAUUGCCGUGCCAUUCGACAAGAGCAUGAGCCACCCGUCAGCUUUGGCAGCCUCAAAGUACGGUGUAACAACGAAAGAGCUUCUGAAAGCCAAUAUCGAUCGGGAGAUUCUGCUGAUGAAGAGGAACUCAUUUUUCUACAUGUUCAGAGUUGUACAGCUGAUAUUGUUGUCGGUCAUUGAGAUGACACUCUUCUUCCGUACGGACAUGCACCGCGAUUCCGUGGCGAAUGGAGGCAUUUACAUGGGCGCACUCUUCUUCACGACACUCAUGAUCAUAUUCAAUGGCUUCUCUGAGCUUACCCUAACCAUUUUAAAGCUACCUAUUUUUUUCAAGCAAAGGGAUCUCCUCUUCUAUCCUGCUUGGACUUACACUGUACCAUCAUGGAUUCUCAAGAUCCCAAUCACAUUCCUUGAGGUUGGUGGGUUUGUUUUCAUAACGUACUAUGCCAUUGGAUUUGAUCCAGAUGUAGUCAGGCUUUUCAAGCAAUAUCUGCUUUUCUUAGCAGCUAAUCAGAUGUCAGCUUCGCUCUUCCGUUUCAUUGCUGGAGCAGCAAGAAACAUGAUAGUUGCAUAUGUCUUCGGAUCAUUUGCAAUUUUAGUUGUUAUGCUUUUGGGUGGAUUUGUUAUUUCUAGAGAUAACAUAAACAAAUGGUGGAUUUGGGGAUACUGGACCUCUCCAAUGAUGUAUGCACAGAAUGCUGUGUCGGUGAAUGAGUUCUUGGGACAAAGCUGGCAGAAGGUCUUGCCAGGCUCGACUGAGCCCCUUGGUGUGCUUAUCCUCAAGUCCCAUGGAAUAUUUCCAGAAGCCAAGUGGUACUGGAUUGGCUUUGGCGCAUUACUUGGAUUCACACUUCUCUUCAACUCUCUAUUCACGCUCUGUCUUGCAUACCUCAAGUCAUAUGGUCCGUCCUAUCCAUCAGUAUCAGAAGAGACGCUGAAGGAGAAGAAUGCAAAUUUGAUUGGUGUGGCUGUAGAUGUGUCAGUACAUAAAGUGAAGGGACUUGGAAGUAAUUGCCAGUCAUCUGAAAGUUUUUGUCAGGCAACAGGCAGCUACAAUGAAACAAAAUUGGCAAGUGUUGAUGCCAAUUCUAUGCCUUCUCAAAGAGGGAUGGUUCUCCCCUUUGUUCCACUCUCACUAAUUUUUGACAGUAUCAGAUACUCUGUCGACAUUCCACAGGAAAUGAAAACACAAGUUCUAGAAGAUAAAUUGGAGAUCCUGAAGGGUGUUAGUGGGUCUUUCAGACCAGGAGUACUGACUGCCCUGAUGGGCAUCAGCGGUGCUGGUAAGACAACUCUGAUGGAUGUUCUGGCAGGAAGAAAGACCAGUGGGUACAUCAAGGGAAGUAUCAGCAUUUCUGGAUAUCCAAAGAAACAGGAAACAUUCGCUCGUGUGUCAGGAUACUGUGAACAAGAUGAUAUCCACUCUCCACAGGUUACGGUGCACGAGUCACUGCUUUUUUCGGCAUGGCUUCGACUGCCAGGGGACGUGAAUUCAGCGACAAGAAAGAUGUUUAUUGAGGAGGUGAUGGAGCUUGUGGAGCUCACGCCAGUGAGAGAUGCUCUGGUUGGAUUGCCUGGAGUAAAUGGACUGUCGACCGAGCAGAGGAAGAGGUUGACAAUUGCUGUGGAGCUUGUCGCAAACCCUUCUAUCAUUUUCAUGGACGAGCCAACAUCAGGACUCGAUGCUCGCGCAGCAGCAAUUGUGAUGAGGACAGUGAGGAACACUGUCGAUACUGGUCGAACAGUCGUCUGCACAAUCCAUCAGCCAAGCAUUGACAUAUUCGAAGCUUUUGAUGAGCUUUUACUAUUGAAGCAAGGUGGAGAAGAGAUCUAUUUUGGUCCACUAGGCCAUCAUUCCUCAGAAAUGAUCAAGUAUUUUGAGGAAAUUGAAGGAGUUGCCAAAAUCAAAGAUGGCUAUAAUCCAGCGACCUGGAUGCUUGAAGUGACAACAGUUUCACAAGAACUUGUGCUAGGUGUUGAUUUCAGUGACAUAUACAAGAACUCUGAACUCUACCAGAGGAACAAGUCCUUGAUACAUGAACUGAAUACUCCGCCACCAGGUUCAAGCGACCUCCACUUCCCGACCACACACUCGCAGUCAUUCUUCACGCAAUGCCUGGCUUGCCUAUGGAAGCAGAACCUGUCCUACUGGAGGAACCCGCAGUACAACGCUGUCAGGUUUUUCUUCACCGCCAUUAAAGCUCUACUCUUUGGCACCAUAUUCUGGGGCCUCGGCUCCAAAAGGGAGAAACCGCAAGACCUGUUCAACGCCAUGGGGUCAAUGUAUGCUGCUAUACUAACCAUAGGCGUGCUCAACGCGGCAUCAGUUCAGCCAGUGGUUUCAGUGGAGCGAACGGCCUUCUACCGGGAAAGAGCUGCUGGCAUGUACUCAGCUUUCCCGUAUGCGUUUGGUCAGGUUUUGAUUGAGCUGCCUUACACGCUAGUUCAGACCUGCAUAUAUGGGACCAUAGUGUAUGCCAUGAUGGGGUUCAAGUGGACAGUUACUAAAUUCUUCUGGUAUCUCUUCUUCAUGUACUUCACACUGCUGUACUUCAUAUUUUGCGGCAUGAUGGCGAUUGGGCUGACACAGAACCACACCGUAGCAUCCAUUGUAUCCGCAGGGUUCCACGCCACAUGGAACCUCUUCUCCGGUUUUCUGAUCCCCCUAACGAAAAUCCCUAUCUGGUGGAGAUGGUACUACUGGCUCUGCCCUGUUGCGUGGAGCUUGUACGGGAUGGUUGUGUCACAGUACGGUGAUGACGUUGACACUCCGCUGUUUGAUGGUGUCAGCAACACCACCGUGGCCAAAUUUGUCAGCGACUACUUUGGAUAUAAGUGCAGCUUCCUGGGAGUGGUGGCCGUGGUGGUGGCGGCGUUCGGGCUCCUCUUUGCGCUGCUGUUCGGUCUUGCCAUAAUGAAGCUGAAUUUCCAAAGGAAAUGAUGAAGAGAACUUGAGGCCUUAUAUUUGUAAUUUUUGAAAUAUAUAAUUAUGUGUUCUGUUCGCCAUGCUAUUAAAAUUUGUAUUCUUUGAAACAAGAACAACUCAAUUGCUCUAUCAAUUUUGUGCCGCAUUAUGGCAACUAUUA